CAGAAAUGCUCCCUUGGCCGCCCAGGAACCAUGAGCCCUGCAACUCCGGUCCCAUCCGACUCCGAGCUGGAAAGUCCUUUUGAAGAAAUGGCCCUGGUAAGGGGCGGCUGGCUGUGGAGACAGAGCUCCAUCCUCCGGCGCUGGAAGCGGAACUGGUUCGCCCUGUGGCUGGAUGGAACCCUGGGCUACUACCGAGACGAGACGGCGCAGGACGAGGAGGACCGUGUGCUCAUCCACUUCAACGUCCGCGAGGUGAAGAUUGGCCAAGAGUGCCAUGAUGUGCAGCCCCCAGAGGGCCGGAGCCGAGAUGGCCUGCUGACGGUGCACCUGCGGGAAGGCUCCCGCCUGCACCUGUGUGCAGAGACCCGGGACGACGCCAUAGCGUGGAAGACAGCGCUGCUGGAGACCAACGCCACCCCGGCCCCAGCUGGAGCCACAGUCCCUCCCAGGAGCCGCCAGGUUUGCCCCAAGGUCAGGUGUGUGACCCGCUCAUGGAGCCCCUGUAAGUUUGAGAGGCGGAUCUGGGUGCGCGUCUACAGCCCAUACCAGGAUUACUAUGAAGUGGUGCCACCAAACGCGCACGAGACCACCUAUGUCCGCAGCUACUAUGGGCCGCCCUACCCAGGCCCCGGCGGCGUGACUCACGUGAUCGUGCGGGAGGAUCCCUGCUACAGCGCGGGCGCCCCGCUGGCCAUGGGCAUGCUCGCGGGGGCCGCCACGGGCGCCGCGCUCGGCUCGCUCAUGUGGUCGCCCUGCUGGUUCUGAGCCCGGGGUCCCAGCGCGGGAAGCCCACCUCCCUCCGCAGACAUCUGUAGACCGCUCUUCCUCCCGAACACACCGCCCCAGUCCUGCGCCACUUGGCCCCCACCACGUUCCCUAGUGCCUCCGAGAAGCUUGGACCCCCAACUCCCACAUGCCAAGAAGCUAUUGUUUCACAGGUACCAUCACUGCCCCAAUUCUCUACUUACCGUGGUCAAACACCAAGAAAUUCCUGACGGAUACAUGACAGUAUCCUGCGGCCUGUCUCCAAGCACACGCACCAACGUAUGUUUUAAGAAACAACAUAAUUUGACUUCAGGCUCUCUGGGCCCUGGGGUGACACACUCCUCCAAGCGCUGCUGGCCUGGUGGGGAAGCUACAUUUGACAUACCAGUUGUCAGCCCUUUGUUGGGAAUGCAGGGUAGGCAAGGAAGUGGGAGUGGGGACCAGAACAGUAAACGUGCUGGCAUGCCCUAGAAAUUAAAAGGCGGUUCAGUUGGAUUGGAAUCGGCUGGGCUGGGCCUCCAGGCUUAAGAGCUUGCUGGUUAGGGAGUUUUAUGUACGGAAGGUUCAUGAUGGCGCCUGUAAUGUAUUACCUAUUAUUUCUAUCAACACACACUCAUAUCCCACCCAUUUCCUGGGUUUAGUUCCACCCUUUUAUCACCAAUUUCCUGGGCCCUUUUCCUUCAAUGGCCAGGUAAGCAUUUGGGACCUCCAGCCUUACCUAUGAAACUGCCUCCAUCAGGAAAUGACUUUUUCAUCAUCAAAAUGUGGCCCUUAGGCCACGGCCAUCAGUCUUGGCCUCUUCCAUUGCUCUGGGGUACAGUGGUGUCCCUUUGGGAGGAUAGUGGUGUUCACAUCUGGGGCCUGUUCCCCCCUUUCCCACCCGGAGGUCCCAUGUGUGGAUCACUGCAGGUGGCCCAGCAGUCCAUUUCAUCACCUUCCAGCCCCUUCCCUUGUCCCCAUCACCAAUGGAAAUGCUACCGUGGUCACCAUCUAGUCUCCGUUCCCAUCACCACUAGAAAUGCUAACAUACCUGCCCAGUCGCCAGAAUAGUUGGCUGAAGAUUCCCUGCAGAUGGGGGCUCCACUGACUGCUGCAGACUAAUAAAGGUGUAGAUGGCUCGCA